UCUUCUUCUCGCCUCCGAUUUGCCUUCUUCCAACUUCUUUGAUCUUUCCUCCCAGACCCUAGCCCUGUUUUUCGUCCUCACUCCCUCUGACUCUCUUUCUCUUCCCCAUCUAGGUCCCCUCCCCCUCCUUUCUUUUCUUUUCUCUUAUGUCAUAGAUCAGUCAGCGAUCGGAGCUCUGAUCGUAGGAGGCCCCUACGAUAACCAUUUCAUCUUCGAUUCUGUGGUUUUAUAAGGUGGAAUUGAGGGGGCAAUCCAUUGGGAUUUAUUGCGGCGAGAAUGUCGAAUUUGUACGGCGAUUACAAUCAAAAGAUUGAUUAUGUAUUCAAAGUGGUCUUGAUCGGCGAUUCUGCAGUGGGAAAAACUCAGCUGCUCGCACGUUUUGCACGGAAUGAAUUCAGCCUCGAUUCCAAGGCCACUAUCGGGGUUGAAUUCCAGACCAAAACGCUCAUCAUUGAUUCCAAAACCGUGAAGGCACAGAUUUGGGAUACAGCAGGCCAAGAGAGGUACAGAGCCGUUACUAGUGCAUACUACAGAGGCGCUGUUGGGGCAAUGUUGGUAUAUGACAUGACAAAGCGUCAAUCGUUUGAUCACAUGGCCAGAUGGUUAGAGGAGCUGAGGGGCCAUGCGGACAAAAACAUAGUGAUUAUGCUAAUAGGCAAUAAAUGUGAUCUGGGAACCCUUAGAGCAGUGCCAACUGAAGACGCAGAAGAGUUUGCGCAGAGAGAGAACCUGUUCUUUAUGGAGACAUCAGCACUAGAGUCUACCAACGUAGAAACUGCUUUUCUGACCAUCUUGACAGAGAUAUACCGAAUAAUAAGGAGGAACACACUAACUUCCAAUGAUGAGGGAGAGUCGAGUGGUUCAGGGUUGUUGACGGGAACUAGGAUUAUUGUUCCCGCCCAAGAGCCUGAAGCUGGAAAGAAGGGUUGCUGCUUUGGGGCCUAGCUUUACUUGUCGCAAGUUACUCGUCACAUCUUUGUACUUUGUAGAGAGGCUACGCAUGGUUCUCGCUCAGGGUUUUAUGUUGCCUUUAUGUCAUUCUUUCUUCCCUUUUUUUUUUCUUAUUUGUUUUUUUUUUGAACUUGUUAGGAUUUAAAUUUGUCAAUACAAAUUUUCAUGAGAUGAGAUGUUUGAACGAACGCUUCGAACUUCAAUGUUACAUGGAUACUUAGGAUUGAAUAUUGUACAACUUACCCCAGGUAUACUCACUUGUGACACAUGUAGUGGAUCAUAGUUUCAAUCUUCCAGGUUAGGUGUUCUCUCAAA